AUGACAAAAAUGUUUUGUAAUCAAUGUGAGCAAACUGCCAAAGGUACAGGGUGUACUGUAUGUGGUGUCUGUUCCAAAGAGCCAUUAGCAGCAAAUACUAUGGACGCAAUGAUCUAUGCACUGAGACAAAAUGCUUUAGUAGCUCUAGAGGCAAGAAGUGUCGGUAUCAUUGAUUCCAAAUACGAUAUGUUAUCUGCCAAUUGUUUAUUUACCACCUUAACAAAUGUCAACUUCGAUGAGCACGUGUUAAAGGAUUAUCUCCACAAAAUUAUAACAGCCAGAAAAUCACUGUUGCUCCAAAUUGCAGAGAAGAAAGGUAAAAAGGCAGAAAAGAGUGAUUUAGACAUUGAGGACUUUGAGGGCUUUGUUGACAAAAAUCUGAACGGACAUCGACCAAAUCAACUCAAUGAGAAUAUCGACAUCCAAAGUUUAAUGCAAACCACUUUAUUUGGAUUGAAGGGGUUGUGUGCGUAUAUAUCACAUGCAAACAUGUUAGACAAGACUAACACAGACAUCAUGACCUUCAUCCAUGAAGCCCUUUCAUAUGGAUAUGAUAACAAACAAAGGACUUUAGAGGAGUGGAUUCAAAUAGUGAAAGACGUUGGAAAAUGGAAUUUUGAGACAAUGAAGUUGUUAGACGAAGCCAAUUGUACACUUGGCAAUCCAACACCAACAAAGGUCUUAAUUGGCCACAAGAAAGGCAAAUGCGUAUUAGUGAGUGGCCACGACUUGUUUGAUAUGAAAAAGAUCUUAGAACAGACCGAGAACACAGACGUCUUGGUGUAUUCGCACGGUGAGAUGUUACCUGCACAUGGAUAUCCCGAGCUGCACAAAUACAAAAACUUUGUUGGGCACUUUGGGACGGCGUGGUUCAAUCAACAGACUGAAUUACUCCACUUCCCAGGCCCAGUCGUCUUCACAUCAAAUUGCAUUAUGAAGCCAAAGGCAGAUUAUAUCGACCACAUUUACACAACAAAUGAAGUUGGAUUCAAAGGAGUGAAGCACAUUGGUGAGAACAAAGACUUUUCUGGAGUGAUUCAAAAGGCGAAUGAGAUGAAGGGCUUUGAAGACGACGAGGAACUCGACUUCUUCUUGACUGGAUUUGGUCACCACAGCAUUUUGGAGACGGAAGUUGCAGGGAAAAUCGUCAAUUUAGUGAAAGAGAAGAAGGUGACUGACAUCUUUGUUAUAGGUGGAUGUGAUGGAAUGAAGAAAGAGCGAAAUUACUACACGGAAAUUAUUAAGAAGUUGCCGCCAUCUUCACUUGUGAUAACAUGUGGGUGUGGGAAGUAUAGAUUCUAUCGAGAAAAGCUUGGAGAGAUUGAAGGAAUUCCUCGUUUGAUUGAUGUCGGACAAUGCAAUGACACAUACACUGCUUUCGUCGUUGCUAUUAAAUUGGCUGAAAUCUUCAAGUGUGGAGUUAACGAAUUGCCACUGCAUAUCAUCCUCUCUUGGUAUGAACAGAAGGCUGUCUGCAUCUUACUUACAGUCAUUUAUUUGGGAUUGAAAAACGUCAGAAUAGGUCCAUCCCCACCCGCUUACUUGUCACCUAACGUCUUCAAGUACUUGGCAGACAAUUUGGGACUCAAGAUGAUCACCACUGUCGACAACGACUUGGCCAACUUGUGA